AUGGCUUCUAUGCGGAUAACUGCUCGCAGAGGCCGAUGGCAAGCACUGUUUGUCAUUCUUUGUCUUUUCAAGCUGAGCUCAGUGACUGGACAGGCUCGGUAUUCCGUACCGGAGGAGCAGGCAGAAGGCUCUUUUGUUGGAAACAUUGCUAGAGAUUUAGGUUUGGAUGUGGCGAGGCUCAUAUCAGGCAAAGCUCGUAUUAUUACAAAGGGCAGCCGACAGUACGUUGAUUUAAACCGAGACAAAGGCACUCUUGUUAUUAAAGAGCGAAUCGACCGAGAAGAACUGUGUGGAAAGACGACGCCCUGUAGCUUUAGUUUCGAGGUCAUUUUAGAGAAUCCAAUCCAGCUUUAUCGGGUGACGGUGGAGGUAACAGACAUAAACGAUAACAGUCCGUCGUUCCCAAAGGAUGAAAUCAAUUUGAAAAUUGUUGAAAGUGCUGCACUAGGGACUCGUUUCACUUUGGUGAGUGCUGAUGACCCUGAUGUUGGUGUUAAUGAUAUUCAAAAAUACAAUCUUAAACCGUCAGACAAUUUCAAAUUGGAGGUACAGAGCCAGCCUAAUGGAGGAACAUUUAUCGAAAUGGUUUUACAAAACCCGUUAGACCGAGAAAAAGUGGAGACUCACACACUCGUGCUGAUUGCUUCAGAUGGAGGUGAGCCGCAUAGAUCAGGGACAGUGCGUAUUCAUAUCACUGUGCUGGAUGCUAACGAUAACGCGCCAGUUUGUAGCCAGCCUGUUUAUAAAGCAGAUGUGAAGGAGAAUUCUCCUGAAGGAACUGUGGUAACCACUGUUAGUGCAAAUGACCCAGAUAAAGGAGUUAAUGGAGAGGUAACGUAUUCUGUCCCUCAUAUCUCCAAAGAUGCAAAGCAGCUGUUUGAAGUGAAUGUUAAAACUGGAGAGAUUAAAGUUGCAGGUAAACUGGAUUUUGAAAAAUCUAAGACUUAUCAAUUAAAUGUCCAGGCUAGUGACCACGGGGGGUUUUCAGAUACUUGCAAAGUUAUUAUUCAAAUAAUGGACGAAAAUGACAACUUGCCUACAAUACAGCUUAUGUCAUUUUCUAACUCGAUAGCGGAGGAUUCUCCUCCAGGUACAACUAUAGCUGUUCUUAACGUCGAUGACGAAGACUCUGAUGGUAACGGUGUUGUCAAGUGCUCCAUUAACUCUGAUGUACCUUUUAAAAUUGAG